AUGGGAAAGAAACCAAGGUAUGAGGGCCUGGUGGAGGCUAGAUAUUACUCAGACUCUGAGAGGGCCUUAUCCCACCAUAAGCCACGGCCUCGGGCUCUUGACAACACCAGGAUGGAAGUCAAAGGUCAGCUGAUUACCUCUCCCACUUACAAUGCCUCAGCUGCCCUGUUUGGGGAGGCCACUCCCCAGGUGAAGUCAGAGCGUCUGCGGGGACUGCUUGACCGGCAGCGGGUGCUGCAGGAGGCCCUGAGUCUGAAACUUCAGGAGCUGCGCAAAGUGUGCCUCCAAGAGGCGGAGCUAACUGGCCAGCUGCCCCCCGAGUGCCCGCUGGAGCCUGGCGAACGGCCGCAGUUGGUCCGACGGCGGCCCCCUGCUGCCCGAGCUUACCCUCCACCUCCCCCCAACCCAGUGCAUCACUCCCUGGGCCCUGGUCAGGAGCUGGCCCUCGAGGCCCUGGAGCGCGAGGUGUCGGUGCAGCAGCAGAUCGCGGCGGCCGCCCGCCGCCUGGCCCUGGCCCCUGAGCUGAGCGCCGAGCAGCGGCGGCGCCGGCGCCAGGUCCAGGCCGAUGCUCUCCGGAGGCUGCAUGAGCUGGAGGAGCAGCUCGGGGACUUCCGAGUCCACCUCGGUCUCCCCGUGCUCCCGCUGUCCACUGGGGCAGUCCUCGCAGCCCAGGGUGUCUGCCUGGGCACACGCCUCACUCAGCUCAGCCAAGAGGAUGUAGUUCUCCAUUCAGAGAGCAGCUCCCUCUCAGAGUCUGGGGCCAGCCAUGAUAACGAGGAUCCUCGUAGCUGCUUCCCUCUGGCAGAGCGCCCCUCACCGCCCAAGACCUGGGACCAGCUGCGGGCGGUAUCUGGGGGCAGCCCUGAGCGGCGGACCCCAUGGAAACCACCCCAGUCGGAUCUCUAUGGCGACCUGAAGAGCCGAAGGAACUCUGUGGCCAGCCCGACCAGCCCCACACGCUCGCUGCCCAGGAGUGCCUCCAGUUUUGAGGGGCGAAGUGUGCCUGCCACCCCUGUCCUCACUCGGGGCGCUGGCCCCCAGCUCUGCAAACCCGAAGGCCUCCAUUCCCGCCAGUGGUCUGGCAGCCAGGACUCCCAGAUGGGCUUCCCCCGGGUGGACCCGGCCUCGGACCACCGCGCCUCGCUCUUCGCAGCUCGCACCCGCCGCAGCAACAGCUCUGAGGCCCUGCUAGUGGACAGGGCAGCUGCGGGGGGAGCUGGCUCCCCGCCUGUGCCUCUGGCUCCCCCUGCCCCCGGUCCCCCAGUCUGCAAGAGCAGCGAGGUGCUGUAUGAGCGCCCCCAGCCAGUCCCUGCCUUCUCUUCCCGCACAGCUGGCCCCCCAGACCCUCCCCGGGCUGCCCGGCCGAGCUCAGCUGCCCCUGCCUCCCGGGGGGCCCCCUGGCUGCCCCCUGUGUGCGGGGACUUCCUCUUGGACUACUCCCUGGACCGGGGCCUGCCCCGAGGCUUUGGGGGGCCGGGCUGGGGGGAGCUGCUGCCUGCGGCUGAGGUCCCAGGACCCUUCUCCCGCCGGGACGGGCUCCUCGCCAUGUUCCCAGGCCCGCCACCCGUGUAUGCAGCUGAUGGCAGCAGCCCCCUCCUCCGCAGCAAGGACCCCCACCCCCGGGCCGCCCGCUCCAAGCCCUGUGGCCUGCCCCUGGAGGCCGCAGAGGGCCCAGAGGGGCAUCCCAACCCCCUGCUGUGGAUGCCCCCACCCACCCGUGUCCCUCCAGCUGGCGAGCGCAGCGGCCACAAGAACCUUGCCCUGGAGGGGCUGCGGGAAUGGUACAUCCGGAACUCGGGACUGGCCGCGGGGCCCCAGCGCCGGCCUGUACUGGCCCACAUGGGCCCGCAGCACCCGCCCUUCCUGCACGCCCGCUGCUAUGAGGUGGGCCAGGCGCUGUACGGGGCCCCCAGCCAAGCUCCCCUCCCGCAUUCCAGGAGUUUCACGGCGCCCCCUGUCUCCGGCAGGUAUGGGGGGGGCUUUUACUGA